AUGGCUCGUACUCUGAGUCUACUCUUGGUGUGCUUGGCCCUGGCGGUGCCCAGCAUGGCCGAUCGUGACCUACUGGAAGAGAACCGUUUUCAUGGCCGUUGCAUUCGGGCUAUUCAUGCAGCGGACCACGGGCACUACGUGUCCACGGGUCAUGCAUCGGGCAUCGACAUGGCCGCCACCAUCUGCCGAGGCGACGUCGACUGCCAGCACAUUGCCCCAUGCGAAUCUGGGGAUUGCAUGCAGCUGCAUCGCUGCGAGUCCAACACCAAUGCCGUCUGUGCGCUGUAUGUCCCGGUGCACUGCACCGAGGAUGUGGUGAGCGCGCCCCAGUCUGCCGUGCAAAGCAGCUCCGUCCUGAGCUUGGCCAACAAGGCCGGCAGUAGUGUCGCUCUGGGCGAUCGCUUCUUCUUUGUGGGCGCCCCCAAGGCGGACAGCGCCUACGACAAGACUGGCCUCGUCUAUGCCGCCCACAUUUCUUCAAACGAGGCCAUUCUUCAGGAGCUCGUGGGCGAUCAACCCGGCAAAAAGGACAACUUUGGUGCCGCGGUAGCCACCUUUGGGACCACCCUCAUGGUUGGUGCACCGGGUGCCGACACCAGCAUCAAGAAAGGUGGCAAAGUCGAGGUCUUCACCAUGGUUCGCAACGCGUGGGAGCGUACCCAGGUUUUGGCCCCUGCCGGCUUGGCACAGAACGAUGAUUUUGGCGCCAGCGUUGCGCUCGGCAACGGCGUAGCCAUUGUCGGUGCCCCACGCGACUCAAGCAUCAAGGUCAAGGCCGGUGCCGCCUACGUAUACGCUGCCGACCGGGAGGGCCAAUGGUAUCUCAUUGACAAGCUGCAAGUGAGCCGACCCAAGGAGAAGGGACGCUGCGGCAUGAGCGUGGCCAUCUCCGGCCUGACAGCCGUUGUUGGCUGCUCUGGCAAAAAGGAACGUGCCUUUGUCUUUGCCCUUCGCGAUGGCACUUUUACGGAACUCACACAGAUCAAACAAGGCGCCAACAACUUUGGCCAGGCCGUGGCCAUCGCCUCAAAUGAGCUGGCGUACGGUCCUCUGCGCACGGCCGUGCUCAUUGGUGCUCCUGAUCAGAAGGACGGCCGUGCUUUCAUGUACGAACUGCAGUCAGAUGGACAAGCUGAGCGCACGGAAAAGUUCAAGCCCAAGUCUGAUGCCAACCCCAACCGCUUUGGUGCCAGUGUGGCUCUGAGCCCGGGCGGCCGCUACUCGGUCAUUGGAGCCCCGGGCGAGUCGGGUACUUCUGAUAUUGGGCGUGUGUUUGCCUACGAGCGUCAACGCGAGUGGGAGCUGGUCCUUGAAGCCGUGGCCCCUGACGUGAGCGCUGAGGGCGACCAGUUGGGCACGGCUGUUGAUAUUCGGGCCACUUCCAGCGGCUUUCUCAUCAUGGCCAGCGCUCCCAAGGCGCUCAAUGACGGUGCUGUCACCUUCAUUUCCAGCUAA